AUGGGAUCAAAAAAUUCAAAAGAAACAAGUAACAAAUUAAUUAUUAACUAUAGAUUAAAAUGAUGUAGGAUAAAUAAAUUAAAAAAAAGAGAAGAAAUAAGUUUAAGUAAAAUCAGAUGAGAAAUCAAAUGAAAGGAAUUAGAAUCAGAUAGUGAAAUCAUAAAUGAAUUAAAAAUAGUAAAUGGUUCAAAUUGCUAAAUUAUAAGAGUAACAAGUUCAAUAACACUCAUUAACAUUUUGUAAAGGAGACUUUGAAAAUUAAAAUGUAGUUCAAUAAGAUCAGUCGACAGUUGUCAAUAAUAAUGUUCAAAGCUAAGUAAAAGAACCAGGAUUAGGUUCAAAUUUAGAUGUCAAUGUUGAAAUUCAUGAUGAUCAAUUGAUGGAUGUCAAUGGAUGCAGAAAUAAAUUGAGAAAUAAUAGAAAUAUGAAGAUAGAAGAACAUGAUCCCAUAAUUGUGGCUAUUUUAGAUGAUUUGGAAUGUAGAACAUCUAGUCAUCAUCCAUUUAAGGAUUAAGCAAAACCAUAUCUUGGUUCAUAAAUUAUGAUUUUAGAUAGAGUGAUAGCUGGAUUUUGGUAUAAAUUGGGACCAUAUAAAGUAACUAAUUGUAAUUACAAACCAUUUGAACUAUAAGAGAAUUAGAUUUAUUAUGGAGAAUGGUUUUAACAAAAAAGAAAUGGUUUUGGAUUUUUGAUUUGUGACGAUUUUAUUUAUGAAGGAUAUUGGUUUGAUGAUGUUUAUCAUGGUGAAGGAAGGAUUAUAAGUAAGGAUGGAAAUAUAUAUAUUGGUGAGUUUAAAAAUGGAUAAUUUAGUGGUGAUGGUUUUUUCUUAAACAAUGAAUAAAUAGUCUAUGAAGGGGAAUGGGAGAAUGGACAAAAAAACGGUAUUGGAAAAGAAUAGAUGCCUGAUGGAUCAGUAUUCAUAGGUUAGUUUCAGAAUAAUUAACGUAACGGUUAAGGGAAACUAUUCAAUAAUAAAGAAUAAUUUGUUUUUGAGGGAUAAUGGAUAAAUGGAAAGGCCAUAGAAGAAGGAAAAGUAAUUUGGUAGGAUGGUAGAAAAUUUGAAGGAAAGUGGUGUAAUGGAAUGAUGCAUGGACAAGGUGUAUUUAUAUGGCCAGGAGGAAAGAAAUAUAUAGGCAAUUAUGUGAAUAAUGUAAGAGAUGGAUAUGGAGAAUACUAUUAUCCUGAUGGAAAGAUUUAUAAGGGAAUGUGGAAGAAAGGAUUGAUGCAUGGAUAAGGAAUAAUAAUAUAUCCAAAUAAUUCACAUGAAAAAGGUUAGUGGAAAUUAGGAAAGAGAAUUAUAAUUUAAGAAUAAAAGACGACUAAACAAAAAUCUUAAAAAAAGCAGGAAAAUAAGGCUAUUUUGCCUCUUUGA